GGGCGUGUGGGGUGACUCGGGUGUUUGUGGUUUGUGUCAGCAGCCCAUCAGCCGAUCAACUCCACGACAGGUUCUUGCUUGAGCUCUUAAGCCCAGAAGUAGUACAAACUCGGGCUGUAAGAGGUCGAGGAAUUUUCAUUUCUCCGUUGACCGGUGUCCCAGCUGUGUAUCAUCAGUACAGCUCGCUGUUUCCCUUCAAGGAAACAUAUUUUUAUGAACCUGUUGAUUUAAUUUAAAGCUUCAAAAUUAUUCGCAGGCUGGCAACUAUGGCUGAGAAGCUGAGAUUCAAUGGACGAGUCGCUGUUGUCACAGGAGCGGGAGCAGGUUUGGGACGAACCUAUGCUCUGUUACUGGCUGAAAGAGGGGCAUCCGUUGUUGUGAAUGAUCUUGGUGGAGGGCGUCAUGGCGAUGGAAGCAGUACUAAAGCUGCUGACACAGUUGUUGAGGAAAUCAAAGCUAAGGGUGGGAAAGCUGUACCAGACUACAACUCUGUUGAAGAUGGAGAAAAGAUUAUUCAGACUGCCUUGGACAACUUUGGCAGAGUUGACAUCUUAAUCAAUAAUGCUGGAAUUCUUCGAGACAGAACAUUUGCUCGCAUUAGUGAUCAGGAUUGGGAUCUUGUUCACCGGGUCCAUCUAAAAGGGUCUUUUAAAACCACUCAAGCUGCUUGGCCUCACAUGCGCAAACAACAAUAUGGACGCAUCAUUAUGACCUCGUCUCAGUCAGGUCUUUGUGGCAAUUUUGGCCAGGCAAACUACAGUGCUGCCAAGUAUGGAUUAGUUGGACUGAACAAUACUCUUGCCUUGGAAGGAGAUAAAUACAACAUUCAUUGCAACACUAUUGUGCCCACUGCUGCUUCAAGGUUGACUGAGGAUAUUCUACCCCCUGACAUGUUUGCUGAAUUGCGCCCUUGUCUGAUUGCCCCUGUAGUAGCCUGGCUGUGCCAUGAGUCUUGUGGAGACAAUGGCAGUAUCAUUGACUCUGGAGCAGGGUAUGCUGCUCAAUGUCAAAUGUACCGAGGUGAAGGAGUUAGUUUGCGUAAGAGAAUAACUGAUGAUCUCUCUAUUGAGGAUGUGAGAGAUUCAUGGGAGAAAGUAACGGACAUGUCCAAAGCUACACCUUUGACAACAAUUCAAGCAGCCACAUCAAACUUAAUGACUGUUCUGGAAGAGUUACGGACAGCUCCUGCAUCUGGAAAAGUUGUUAAGGAUAAAUUCUCCUACACUCCUAGAGAUUUGAUCAUAUAUGCUCUUGGUGUUGGUGCUUCUACUAAGAAUCCUGACGACCUUAGAUUCCUAUAUGAAAAUCACGAAGACUUUGCUGCUUUGCCUAGCUUUUACAUAAUUCCUGGACAAAUGGUGGGAAUGUUCUCCGGUCUUAUUGAUAAUGCUAUUCCUGGGAAAACUGUUGAUCCCACUCAGUUGCUGCAUGGAGAGCAGUUUGUUGAAAUCCUGAAACCCAUCUCAACAUCUGGAACUCUGACAAAUCAAUGCCAGAUUGCUGAUGUUCUGGACAAGGGAAGCAAGGGAGCUGUUAUCCUCAUGGACAUUGACACCUUUGAUGAGGAAGGUGACCAAGUUGCACACAGCCAAAUGACUGUUUUUAUAAGAGGAGCAGGUGAAUUUGGUGGACGUCAAUCAUCAAACAAACAAAUUAUGUGUGCUGAUAGACCCAAGAGGAAGGCAGAUGCCAGCCGAAUUCAGGCUACAAUCCUAGACCAGGCUGCCUUGUACCGCUUGUCAGGUGAUGCGAACCCACUUCACAUUGAUCCUAACUUUGCAUCUAUGGGAGGAUUUGAUAGGCCAAUUCUUCAUGGAAUGGCCACCCUUGGUUUUGCAACUAAACAUGUUCUUGAAUUAUAUGCUGGCAAUGAUCCCUCUUUGGUGAAAACCAUCAAGGUUAGAUUUACUAAGCCUGUAUUACCCGGCCAUACGCUGAAGACAGAUAUGUGGCGUGAAGGACACAGGAUUCACUUCGAAACAUCAACCAUUGAAACUGGAAACAUUGUGAUUUCUGGUGCCUACAUGGAUCUUAAAGAAGUUCAACCUGCUGUAAACCUUCAUAAGGUUGCAGCUGAAUCUUUAAAAUGUGAGGAGAUGUUCAAUGAUAUGAGGAAGCGCAUGGAGGCUGACCCUGCCACCGCAAAGAAAAUCAAUGGGGUUUUCCUGUACAAUAUCACUAAAAAUGGUCAAGCUGCUGGGAAAUGGGUUGUUGACUUGAAGCAAUGUAAACUUUACAAGGGAGAUGCUGAGCCAGGUGUCAAAGUGGACACAACUCUAACUGUAGAUGAUCAGGAUAUGAUUGACAUUACUACUGGAAAGCUCAAUCCUCAAGUUGCGUUCAUGAAGCAGAAGCUCAAAAUCACUGGCAACAUUAUGCUCACCCAGAAACUUCAAGGUUUGUUGAAGGCACAGUCUAAACUGUAAUUGUGAUAUUUUAAUUAUAAAACUUCAAAGUUUCCAUAGUAUAUGUCAUCUGUGACAGUUAUUAAAAUUUUCCUUUGACACUCAAGAA